CGUCAGCCACAGUGCCACAUCAGCAGUGCCACGUCAGCAGCAGUCCCACGUCAGCAGUGCCACAGUGCCAUGUCAGCAGUGCCCCGCCACCAUGACGGGCUCAGUUCUGGGCAUGCCAGGCCAACUGGCAAAUGAGUCCAUUGCCGAGUACCGACAGCGUUUUGAAACUCAGCUCGCACUAAUCGCAGCUGAGGAACAACGCCAGCUGUCAGCCGAGGCUGUCCGCCUACAGGCUGAAGCGGCGGCAACAGCUGAGAAGCAGCGGCUUCAGGCCGAAGCAGAAGCAGAUACCCAGGCACGCCGCAAGGAAGCCCAGGAUCUGCUACAGUGGCAUGAAGCCACCAGCAUUAAAAGGCUCAAGUUUUGGCAUUUUGAACCAUCCGAGGAGCACGAUGACGCGACACCGGAGGAACAGCAUAAGGAAUUCAUGGCCAAGCUCAUAACCAGUACCUUCGCUGCACCGGCGACCAUCAGCAAGCAGCUGGACACCUUGAAGACCGAGGUUCAGCAACUGCACCAGCUGCCCAACAACAAUGGCAAGACAAGUGCGCAGCACUACAAGAUGCCGACAUUCCGCAUCGAAAAGUUCGAUGACUAUACGCAUCAAGACCCGGUCCCCUGGUGGGAGGGCUUUACGACGAAACUUCGGAUUCUUUUUGUGCCUGAGCACUCGUACAUCGGCGCGCUGUUCCUCAACUCAAAGGGAGGUUGCCAGAUCUGGCUCAGCCACCUGACAUCCAUUCACGGCGUCCAGGUCGCCGAUCUUCAUGAGAAGAUCUCUUGGGAAGAAUUGACAAAACUAUGGAAGAAGCGGUUCAUCGUUGACGACGCCCCGGCGCUCGCCAUCAACCACCUCUUCGCCAUGACCCAAGGCAACACAUUGACACGCGAUUGGGUCACGGAAUGGCAAAAGAUUGCGGCAACGCCCGAUCUUGACUUGCCAUUUUCGCAUCUGCGUCGGGAGUUCUACAACCGGUCAUGUGCCGCCUUGAGCCUCGCACUUGGUGAUCGCGAGCAAUACACAACCUUCGCCGAAAUCAUCGACAAGGCAAGGAGGAUGUUCGGCCUCGUAUCAACUCGGGAAACUAAGUUGCGCAGGAGCCGGAGUUUGGACGAGCAUGUGGAACACCUGCGCAACGUUUUGGAGCGGCUACGACAAGCCAAGUACAAAGCCAACCGCGACAAAUGUGAAUUCGCGCGGCAGGAGCUGGAGUACUCGGGACAUUAUGUGACGCCGCAAGGCAUUCGUCCGCUUGCGGACAAGAUCGAGGUCCUCCGCAUAUGGCCCGAGCCCACCAACACCACGGACGUUCGUUCAUUCAUGGGGUUGGUGGGCUACUAUCAGCGAUUCAUCACCGGAUACUCAAGGAUUGCCGCACCUAUGACGAGAUUACAAUUGCCAAAGAUGCCAUUCGUAUUCGAUGACGACGCACGCCGGUCAUUCCAAGCACUUAAGACGGCCAUGCUCAUGGCACCCAUCCUUAGCAUCUAUGACCCCACCCUGCCUACGAGAGUGACAACUGAGACUUCCGGCUAUGGCAUUAGGGCAGUCUUGGAACAAUACGACGACGACGAUUGACACCCUGUGAGUAUUUCAGCCACAAAGUGUGUCCCAUCAAUUCACUUGAUGA